AUGGGCCAACUGGAGCGAUCAGGCGCACCAGACUUGGGUCUACUGGCAAGGUUGACAUAUGGAUACGUGCUCAGUAACACUGAUGUACUUACACCAGUCGAAACCUCAUUCGUCCUUAUUGCCAGCCUUAUUCCACAGGAUGUCAAUCCUCAACUCAAAGGACAUUUGCGAGGUGCACUUAAUGGAGGCGCUAGUGAGGAUGAAGUAAGGGCCGUCAGAGACGUAGUUAUUAAGAUUUGCGAAGCUUCUGGCAUGAAAAAAUUGCAAGAUAAUGCCAUUGGGGGAUGGGGUUGGAGGAGUGAGGUUGCAAACGUAUAA